GCUCUUAAAGUGAGCUGGCAGCCGCCGGGCUCCCGUCUUUGUAAGGAGACCACUGAGACGAGCAGGCUGGCGGAGAGCCGCGGCGGCAGCCUCUCCGCUGCCCUGACUUUUUAGAAAUCUCAAUGAACUAUUUGUAAAGAAUCGCUGAUCCGGCCUGCAACAUUUUUUUUUCUUUCUGCACGGCAAAGACAUCGAUCAGUGUCUGAAGAUCACAUUUUAUAUGCGAUCUUGACUUUCCCCUCCUUUUGGUCUUACAUUAUAUUUUUAUAGGUUUUGUUACCACCAUGGUGCUGGGGAAGGUGAAGAGUUUGACGAUAAGCUUUGACUGUCUUAAUGACAGCAAUGUCCCCGUGUACUCUAGCGGGGACACCGUCUCAGGCAGGGUGAAUUUAGAAGUUACUGGGGAAAUUCGAGUGAAAUCUCUGAAAAUCCACGCAAGAGGACACGCGAAAGUGCGCUGGACGGAAUCGAGAAACGCCGGCUCCAACACUGCCUACACGCAGAAUUACACGGAAGAAGUCGAGUAUUUCAACCACAAAGACACGCUCGUCGGGCACGAGAGAGACGAUGAUAAUUCUGAGGAAGGCUUCCACACCAUUCCUUCAGGAAGGCACGAGUAUGCGUUCAGCUUCGAGCUGCCACAGACACCACUUGCUACCUCAUUCGAAGGCCGGCAUGGCAGUGUGCGCUAUUGGGUGAAAGCCGAACUGCACAGGCCUUGGCUUCUACCAGUAAAAUUAAAGAAGGAAUUUACAGUCUUUGAGCAUAUAGAUAUCAACACUCCUUCAUUACUGUCACCUCAAGCAGGCACAAAAGAAAAGACUCUGUGUUGCUGGUUCUGUACCUCAGGCCCAAUAUCCUUAAGUGCCAAAAUCGAAAGGAAGGGCUAUACCCCAGGCGAGUCCAUCCAGAUCUUUGCCGAGAUUGAGAACUGCUCAUCGCGCAUGGUGGUGCCCAAGGCAGCCAUCUACCAGACACAGGCCUUUUACGCCAAGGGCAAGAUGAAGGAGGUCAAACAGCUGGUGGCCAACCUACGUGGGGAGUCGCUGUCAUCUGGGAAGACAGAGACGUGGGAUGGCAAGCUACUCAAGAUCCCACCUGUGUCACCCUCCAUCCUAGACUGCAGCAUCAUUCGUGUGGAAUACGCACUCAUGGUGUACGUGGAUAUUCCUGGGGCUAUGGACUUAUUUCUGAACUUGCCGCUGGUCAUUGGCACCAUCCCCUUGCACCCUUUUGGUAGCAGAACAUCCAGCGUGAGCAGUCAGUGCAGCAUGAACAUGAACUGGCUUAGCCUGUCCCUCCCCGAGAGGCCAGAAGCACCGCCCAGCUAUGCAGAAGUGGUGACAGAGGAGCAAAGGCGGAGCAACUUCACACACAACAGUGCUUGCGAUAACUUCGAGCGGGCACUGCAGGGCCCACUAUUGGCCUACAUUCAGGAGUUCCGGUUCCUGCCACCCCCACUCUAUUCAGAGGUGGAUCCAAACCCGGAGCAGGCUGACGACAGGCCCUCCUGCCCAUCCCGCUGAAGGGCACUGGCCAGCUGUUGCGGUUCUGAACUGUGGCCUUCGGUGAGGACGGGAGGCCUAGGAGACACGAUGGUGGAGUGACUGCCCAGAGCCUGUGGGCACAACACGCAGUGACCACUCCUGGCUUGGCCACUGCAGCACUAGGGACUGCUGCUGCCUGCGGGGUGGGGCAGCCGGCCAGGCUCCUGUCCGUCCGGGUGGACACUGCCUUCUUUGAGUUGAAUUUUGCACACGCGACGCUUACCUUGUGCGGUUCGAUGUCACUACAGCUUUGUUCCCAUUCCGCCGGACUCUGGCACGCUUCUGUGUCUGCACAAGGAACGGAGCUCUGCAGGACCCAGACACGUGCCGACACCAAGCUUAGGGAUACGGCCUGGACGCCCCAAGCGCAUGCAGGGUGCCAUGAACGGCUGUGUCCCCUCCAGCGUGGGUUUCAGCUGGACGGUGUCACGGACACCCGAGGGCUCCAGGCCAGCUUUGGCGGUGACCAGGGAGCAGUGGGGACAGGGUGGCUGGGGAUGCCCCCUUGGUCCUGGUUCUCGAUGUGUUGCCUUCCUACUUCACAGCGAGCAGCGUGUCACCGCCUCCCCAAGUCACUUAUCUCAGGUGAACGCAUCACUUGCCAAACGUUGGAAUGCGCUGUGUUUCCUUGCACUGUUGAGUUCUGGGUGGUUUUGUUUUUUUCCUGUUUUGGUUGGCUUUUUGGAGAGGGAAAUUUGGAAAUAGGAUGUACACAAAGUGACACCCCACCAGGUGGCCCGUCACACUGGGGGGCAGCAGGUAAGGCAGAGGCAGCUGUGGGCAUCCACGUUGUGAGGCCCAGUCGUGUGGGAGGGCAGGAAUGGUAGUGUGUCACCUGCUGGGGACUGGUGCCGAUGGAUCUCAUUGACUGCAGUGUCUGCUGGGCCAUG